GUGGGUUUGGUUUGGUUUGGGAAUUGGUUCAACUGCGAAGGAACCCAAAGAGCAAAUGAUAGAGACGUAGACGGACAGUCUCUUUUAUUAUUUCUCCUUUCAUUCAUUAUCUGAUCUCUUCUUUCUUCUCUCUCGAACCUUCUCUCUCUAAGCUUCUCUUCUCCGAUCUCUCCUGGCAUUCCGAUACCCUCGGAGCUAUUUGCCCUCCUUUUCCCGGCUGUUUGCAGUUUUCCGUGCCAAAACCCUAACUUCAAUUAUUCAUUUGAUUAUAUACUUUUAUUUUUUGAUUUUUGUUAAUAAUAAUAAUAAUUCAUUUUCUUUGUGGUUAUUAUUCUUUUGAUUAUUUUCUUGGGGGGCGUUGAUGAGGGGAUUAUAGAAAAGUUGUACUUUUAUUUUUUAAUUUUUACUUUUUUUCGUGUUUUGUAAAGAAAAGGUUUCUGGAAUUUGUUGUUGUUUGUGAUCUAUUUCUGAAGAAUUAAAGGCCCGCGAACACGACGGAAGUCGAAGCGUUUGUUUUUUUGUUUUGAUUCGAGUUACUUUUAUUUUUCCCUGUCUUGGGGUUUUUUUUUUUUUUGGGGAGGAAGUUUUGGAUGCUUUCGGAGGUGGAAGGAGAUGGAGACACUUGUGAGUUGAGAUCGUGAAUUGGGGCUGUUUCUUCUCAGUGGCUCUAAAGUAAAGAAACAGCCGGGGGUUAUGAUCGGGGCAGGGUUUGUAGCAUCAUCAGAGGCGGUUUUCUUUUUCGGUGCUUUUGCUUCUUCUGGGGAUGACGAAUGAUGGCCAGAGAGCUCAGGGAGGUGUACCGCGUCCCGUGCGGACCAGCGGGUUUCGUCCCUUCCGCACAAUUUCGAGGAUCGUUUCGUCCGGUGCUUCCACUGUGGCCUCAACUAUGCGGUCGGCUGCAUCCGCCGCUUCUUCGAUUGUGGACAGGGAGGACGAUGCUGGUCACGAUCAGGUGCACUGGGCUGGGUUUGACAAGCUUGAAUGGGAGGGAAAUAUCAUUCGGCUAGUUCUUUUGUUGGGGUACCGCUCGGGUUUCCAGGUUUGGGAUGUUGAAGAAGCAGAUAAUGUGCGUGACCUGGUUUCCAGACAUGAUGAUCCUGUUUCAUUUUUGCAAGUGCUGCCAAAACCGUCAGCACUAAAGAGGGCAGAAGACAAAUUUGCAGACAACCGUCCAUUGCUGGUUGUCUGUGCAGAUGGAUUGGGUUCUGGAGGUGGUAACACUCAGGAUGGUUUGGCUUAUCGUUGCAAUGGGAGCAUCACAAAUUGCCAUGACCUGGGGAAUGGCAAUUUUUUGCCUACUGUUGUGCGUUUUUACUCAUUGAGAUCCCAAUCAUAUGUACAUGUGCUAAAGUUUAGAUCAGUAGUUUACUCAGUGAGGUGCAGUUCCCGUGUAAUUGCUAUUUCACAAGCAGCUCAGAUACACUGUUUCGAUGCUGCUACAUUAGAGAGGGAGUAUACUAUUCUUACAAAUCCCAUAUUUUCCGGUUGUGUUGGUUCUGGAGGCAUAGGCUAUGGACCUCUUGCAGUAGGUUGCAGAUGGAUGGCUUAUAGUGGAAGUCCAGUUGUAGUGUCGAACUCUGGGCGUGUCAAUCCACAGCAUUUAGCUCCUUCUGCUAGUUUUCCGAGUUCCACAGCAAAUGGGAGCCUGGUUGCUCACUAUGCAAAAGAAUCAAGCAAGCAACUUGCUGCUGGAAUAGUGACCUUGGGAGACAUGGGAUAUAAGAAAUUUUCAAGGUACUGCUCUGAGCUCCUACCUGAUGGCAAUAGUUCUCUUCAAUCAGUGAGUGCUGGCGGGAAGGUAAAUGGAACAAUCAAUGGCCACUUACCAGAUGCAGACAGUGUUGGAAUGGUAAUUGUGAGAGACAUUGUCAGUAAAUCUGUUAUUACCCAGUUUAGAGCACACAAAAGUCCUAUUUCAGCAUUAUGCUUUGAUCCCAGUGGGACCCUCUUGGUGACCGCUUCAGUCCAGGGUCAUAACAUUAAUGUUUUCCGAAUAAUGCCUAGCCUCCCAGGAAGCUCUGCCGGAUCUGACGCUGCUGCUUCUUACAUACAUCUUUACAGGCUGCAACGUGGUUUCACAAAUGCUGUUAUAGAGGAUAUAAGUUUCAGUGAUGACAGCCACUGGAUUAUGAUCAGCUCCUCAAGGGGGACAAACCAUUUGUUUGCUAUAUCCCCUUCAGGGGGACCAGUGAAUAUUCAGUCUGCUGAAACUAGUUUUAACACUAGAGCAAGUGGAUUGGGUGUUAUGACUAAACCAGCUGCUCAUUGGCCACCCAAUUCUGGCUUACAGGUGCUUAAUCAACAGUGUCUUUGUGCAUCUGGUCCUCCAGUUACUCUUUCUGUCGUUAGCAGAAUAAGGAGUGGAAGUAAUGGUUGGAGAGGCACUGUAACUGGUGCUGCAGCUGCUGCAACAGGCAGGCUGGGUUCUUUUUCAGGGGCUAUUGCUUCAUCUUUCCACAACUGUAAAAGCAAUGAUCUUUUUGUAGAUUCCUGCUCUUUGAAAGUGAGGUACCACCUUCUGGUGUUUUCUCCUUCAGGCUGUGUCAUACAAUAUGCGUUGCGAUUUUCUACGGGGCUAGAUUCUAUGACACCUAUGUCUGGACUGGGUUCUGCUUAUGAAUCAGCUCUGGAGUGUGAUGGAAGAUUGGUAGUUGAAGCAAUCCAGAAGUGGAACGUUUGUCAGAAACAAAAUCGGCGGGAGCGGGAGGAUAAUAUUGAUAUAUAUGGGGAAAAUGGAAAUUUAGACAGCAGCAAAAUAUUUCCUGAAGGAAUGGAGAAGGGAACUAUUGUGUAUCCUGCUGCAAAGGGUGCAGUCACUAAAGACAAAGUCAGUCCUGAGGAAAGACAUCACAUGUAUAUUUCUGAAGCUGAACUGCAGAUGCAUCAAGCUCGGAUUCCAUUGUGGGCAAAGUCUGAGAUAUACUUUCAGUCGAUGAUGAUAGAUGAUGUUGAAAUGGUUGAAGAUAAUGCUUUAAGAGGGGAAAUUGAGAUUGAGAAAAUUCCUACCCGCAUGAUUGAAGCAAGGUCGAAAGAUCUAGUUCCAGUUUUUGACCAUCUUCAAACUCCCAAAUUUCAGCAAGCAAGGAUUCCUGCUCAAGAUAGCAAUGUUAAUGGCCGACUGAUGCAUCAGAGGUCUGGGUUGUCUGAAGACAGCAGGCUUUUGUUCAUGGGUAGCUCUGGCCCACCUGAUUCCAUGACUGUAGGCCGUUCUGCUAUGUCUGAACUUCACAAUGGCAUUGAAGGAAAAACUGAGUGUGAUGGUCUUCAGAUGCCAACAGAAACAACCAAGGGCUUUGUAAAUAACAAUCGCAGCCCUAAAACAAAAAACCGGCUUGAGACUGUAAAUAAUAGAGAGAGCUUAAAGAUGGAAGCCCAAUUCAAGUUUGUAAAUAAUAACAAAGACGACCUGAAAAUGGAGAAUCAAUUAGAAGAUGAGAGCGAUGAUUUUGAUUAGAGGUGUGCAGCUAUUCUUUUAUUCUCCAGGGAAGGUUCAUUAACCAUUAUGUUAAUAUUUGUGGGGGGUGAAAUUGUAGAGAAGAGAGCGAGGCAUAGGGAGCUGGGCUCUUGUGCGUGCUGGGUUUUCAUCUACUGUUGACUCUGAAUAACAUACGCAAUGUAUUUUGAAUAAUCAGUUGUAAUGUGUAUAUAAUAUCAUCAAGUUAUAACUCUGUUGUCGUUGCUGUUGCUGUAUUCUAUUGAUUAAAAAUUCAUUUGUUACUUAA